UCAUGGGGGGAAUGUAUAAGAGUUAGCAAUCCACAUGAAAUUUUAAAAUUAUUUUUCAGGAUUAAAAAAAAAACAGGAAAAAGGCAAAAGCAUGCAACUCCUGAGGGCAAUAGGAUUCUUCCGUGGAAACAUUUUAAUAUUUAGUGCCACAAUAGGGGCAGGAAUCUUUGUGUCUCCUAAAGGGGUAUUAAAAUAUUCCUCACUGAAUGUAGCUGUCUCCCUGAGUAUUUGGGCUGCUUGUGCUGUGCUGACUUUGAUCUCCGCUCUCAGUCACGCAGAGCUGGGGACAACAUUCCCUAGAAGUGGAGCACAGUAUUAUUUCCUCAAAAGAUCUCUUGGAUCCUCUGUUGCUUUCCUCAGUCUUUGGAUCAAACUUUUUACUCAUCCCUUAAGACUAGCUACUGAAACCUUGUUAUUAUCUACCUAUACAAUUCAGCCUUUCUAUGCUGGGUGCCCAGCUCCAGAGCUACCAAAGAGGUGUCUAGCUUUGGCUAUUCUGUGGUCUUUGGGACUUCUAAAUACUCGAGGGGUGCAAACAGUGGCUUGGUUUCAAACUAUCAGUACUGUGGCAAAGAUGACUGUCCUCUGCUUCAUUUCCCUCACUGGGAUUGUGCUGUUAGGGAUUGGGAAAAAAGAGAACGUGGCCAGGUUUGAGAACGCUUUCGACGCUGAACUUCCUAAAGUCUCACAGAUUGCAGAAGCCUUCCUACAAGGAUUGUUUGCAUAUUCUGGCACGUCAAUCCUGAACAGCAUAGCAGGAGAGAUAAAAAAUCCUGGUGAAAAUAUUCCCAAAUCUCUGAUUACUGUCCUUCCCAUGGUGGCUGUGAUUUACUUACUGGCUAACGUAUCCUACCUGGCAGUUUUGACUCCCAGGGAAAUCAUCUCUGCAGAUGCUGUUGCUGUCACCUGGACGGACAAAAUAAUCCCUUCCAUGCAAUGGGUCAUUUCUUUUGGAAUUUCAACUUCAAUAUUUAGCAGCAUGUGUUGUACAGUGCUUUCGGCAUCAAGGAUGAUCUACACAGCAAGCCAAGAAGGACAACUGCCUUUGAUCUUCUCGAUGCUCAAUAACCACUCGUGUCCAACCAUGGCUGUCAGCCAGAUAAUCAUCUUAACUUCAGUUGUUAUUAUAACCUCAGAUUUGAUCAAUUUAAUAAAAUAUUCAGGAUUAGCAAUAUGGUUUUUAAGAGGGUUACAUAUGAUAGGUUUACUUAAACUAAGGUACCAGGAACCCAAUCUACCUAGACCUUACAAGGUGCCUUUGCCAUUUAUAUUUGGAUGCAUAGCUAUAUCUUUGUUUCUGAUUUUGACGCCAUUGAUUCAGGCUCCUAAAAUAGAGCAUUUCUAUGGGCUUAUCUUUAUGCUCAGUGGACUCCUGUGUUACUGGAUUCAUGUUCACCUUAAUCAACAUUCUGUCUGUUUUGUCAAAAUCACUUGUUAUUUACAAUUACUGUUUAAUGUUUCACCACCUGAAGACCAUGAUGAAGGUACUUCAGCAGGAAAAAAAGACCUUAAAGAAAUCUUUGUAAAUAAGAAACUUUAAAAUGUAAAAUGUUUAAUGAAUGAAUACAUUCUUAAAGGUAACCUUUGCUUUAAAAUAUAUACACACAAACACAAAGCCUCUACCUCCUGCCCAACCCCCAGCUACACAUAUCAAAUCCACCCCCCUAGCUACAUAUUCAAACUCUUUACAAUUCAAAUUAUUCUCCUUGUAAUUGAAGUCUUAGUUCCACAGUGCCCAACAUGUUUCUCACCACUUUCUUCUUGGUCAAAAAUUUUAAAUGCGCGCGCACACACACACACGCACACACACACCCACACACACACACACAAAGUUUAAAAGGCAUAAUAUGCCUUAGUCACUUAAUUACUGCCUACUUCCAUGUGUAAAAAAUAUUAUAAUGUUGUAAACCAGAAACGAAUAUAAUGUAUGUCAAUUAUAUAUCAAUAAAAUAAAUAAACAAGUAAACAAAAAAACAAAAAGUCAUUGCCAGGGGGCUUCCCUGGUGGCGCAGUGGUUGAGAAUCAGCCUGCUAAUGCAGGGGACACGGGUUCGAGCCCUGGUCUGGGAAGAUCCCACAUGCCGUGGAGCAACUAGGCCCGUGAGCCACAACUACUGAGCCUGCGCGUCUGGAGCCUGUGCUCCGCAACAAGAGAGGCCACGAUAGUGAAAGGCCCAUGCACUGCGAUGAAGAGUGGCCCCCGUUUGCCGCAACUAGAGAAAGCCCUCGCACAGAAACGAAGACCCAACACAGCCAAAAAUAAAUAAAUUAAUUAAUUAAAAAAAAAAAAAGUCAUUGCCAGGAAGAUAAAUUCAUAGAUGCCUAGUGUAUAGCAGAUACUUAAUAUUUGUUGAAUGAAUGAAUACAGAUGCAUCAGCAAAAAUAAAGAAAAUAUUGUAAAUCUGAAAUUGAUAUUAAUAAAUACUAUGCAUUACUUUCUACUUACUGGUCUAAACUCUUCACAGUGAUACCAAUUAAAAGAACAUAUUUUACUUUCAA